GAGCAGCUGCCGGAGCCCAACCGGCGAGCCCCCAGGGCAGGACGUCAGCGAGAGGUGCUUCAGGCCCCCCGGCAGCAGCCUGAGCCCGGCGCCGUGGACCGCGACCCGGUAGCCGUGUCGCCGCACCGCGCGGGCCAGUACCGCAAGGGCGAGACCAUCGGCCGGGGCGCCAACGGGACGGUCUACCAGGGCAUGUGCCUCGUGACGGGCAAGCUCGUGGCCAUCAAGGAGGUGCAGGUGCCGCGCGGCGACUCGUCCUUCGCGAAGCUACGGACGGAGGUCCAAUUGAUGGCCAAGCUGAGCCACGCGAACAUCGUCGAGUAUUUGGGAGCAGAGCUCGACGAGGGCGCGGGGCUGCUGUCCAUCUACCAGGAGUGGGUGCCCGGCGGGUCCAUCGACUCCCUGCUGGCCAAGUUCGGCGGCACCUUCGCCGACUCCAUCACGAAGCGCUACGCCGAGGAGACGCUGAAAGGGUUGGCCUACCUCCACGAGCACCGCAUCGUCCACCGCGACAUCAAAGGGGGCAACGUGCUGGUGACCGAGGGCGGCCGCGCGAAGCUCGCGGACUUCGGGACGUCGAUGAUGAUGGCCGGCGAGACGGCGGGCGACGGCGGCGCGGAGACGCUGUGCGGCACGCCCUACUUCAUGGCGCCGGAGGUCAUGAAGGGCGACACGUACGGCCGCAAGAGCGACGUCUGGUCCGUCGGCGGUCUGCUGCUCCAGAUGGCGGGAGGCGAGCCGCCCUGG